CAUUUUUACACAAAUGUGCAUGUGCAGUUGGCAAAUUAUGAAGAUGUUAAAGCUUAGCACCUGCAGGUUAUAGUUGAGGUCUGGUUAGGCUAGCCUAAGGUGUCUUUCAAAAUUGUAUAAGAGUGUCUUGAUUUUAACCCUUUACUCCCAAACAUCAGUAUGGAUAUUAUUCAUACUGUUCUCCAUAAAUUUCCUAAGGUGCUGACAGGUGUUUCUUGCACACUGGCAGGUGAGAAACUAUAUCAAUGUAAUUACUGUCCAAAGUCAUUCUAUUUGCUGGAUAACUUUCAGUACCAUGUGCGUCAACACACUGGAAAGAAGCCACAUCACUGUGAUGUCUGUGGAAAGGCUUUUAGCUAUUCCCACAACCUAAACGAGCUUAAGAACAAACUCAAGGGACAUAGACCCUACCGUGGCGUACCUGGAAAUCAAUCGUAAAACUAAGUUUGUUGACCAGUUUGAGUUAAGGCUUAUUUUCUUAUGUCUUAAAGACAAGUUAGAAAGGAAAUUGGUGAGUGAAGCAUCUCCACAAUAUUGAUGUUGUUUUUAUUGGCCGGGUUUGCUCCGAGUCCGUCUGUCUUUUCUCUUUGUACUCACUCAGAGAGCCUUAUUUUGUUGCGAUUUCAAGUGGAGAGAAUGAUUUCUUUGUAUUUUAAAUCUCAGACUUAAACAGAAAAGAUGGGAACUUCUCUUCUCUGGGGAAUUUGUUUUCAGUGCAGAUGCUGUUUUUUAUUAAUUUAUCGCCAGCAAACUUUAAUUCGUCAGUGCUAACCACUUGAAAA